AUGGCCAGCGCUGGGCAAGCUGCUGUCCUAGGACAGCAUGCAAAUGAACAGGCGCAGACAGUGCUGGUGAUGAACCCAUUGACAGGAGACCUUCUGUGUCAAAUCCGAGUCGAUCAGAACUUGCUCGAAGCACGAUCGUUGAGGAAGAUUUUGAGAGAGGACGCCAACUUGAGAGGGACGUUCUUUCAGCUUCAGCAGAAGGGGCGCUGCUUGGAUCUCGACGCAGUCGUGGAUGCGUCCACCGCUGUUUACUUAGUCAAGUGCACGCUUUCCGAGACCAAGUUCGAACAGAUCAACGCGCUCGCGUGGCAUAACGAGGAUGAGGAGCUGGCAGAUGCGCUGCUAGAGUGCCCACGAGGUGAUCGCAGGUUCGACUAUCUCCUCUUUUGUGCGCUUCGUUGGCAGCAUACCGGCCGGGCUGAGCAUGUCGGUUCUUAUGUGAACGUUGUCCGGGUCCUUCUGGAGUCAAAUGUUUCCAUAGACCAGGUCGACAACAGGACAGGAUUCACCGCGCUCAUGAUGGCAUGCAACUACAACUUCCCCGAGUUCGUCCGCCUGUUGCUUGAAGCCGGCGCAGACAGAGAAAGGGUAGCUGGCGAUGGCAAGACAACAGCUCGCACGCUGGCAGCGCAGCACAGUGACAGGGCGAUCCUGCACCUCCUGGGCAAUGCCUGA